AUGGCGAGCCCUUCGAGCACAAUCGUUAUUGAAGAUGACGAACUGCCCCCAAACUGGCGGUCUGACCUACAAUUCCAAGAGACCACCCCACAUAUAUCUGCUGAGCACCCGAUGAUUCAACAAAGCGAUGCAGCAAGUGGUAGCAAAAGGGAACCACCUGACACUCUGGACUUUCUUUUUCAAAAGCUGCGUAUGGCAGUCGAACAACAUCUCGAACGACACGUCGAAAGGUUGCAACAGCAAGCCCAGGAGCUUCAUGAAAAGCUUGUCGAACAGGAAGAACAGCAUCAAAAGCAGCUUUCCCGACGACCA